AUGGACGAGGAGUCUGGUGGCGCAAACUUCCAGCGGAAAAGGUCUCUCGUGAGAAACGAACGUCGGAGACUUGACCCCGAUGCCCCGAACUAUCACUAUGAGAAAUUGGUUUUGCAAGAAUCUGAUCAUCUCAAGGUGUUCCCAUCUGAAACAGGAGUGGAUCCGACUUCCUUCAACAGAGUGAAUUCCAGGCGGUCCAAGAGGACCGUGGAGUCAAUAGUAGAGCAUGAUGGAAAUGAAGACGGCAUCGCGAUGGACGACAUGACUCCUCCUGAAAUUCAAGAAAUAAAGUCUGGCCAGGAGAUGUAUGGCCUGAAUGAUGAGAUCGAGGCGUCUCAUCUGAAGAGUGCCCAGCCAAAACCUACACAUAAAGAUCUGAACGACGAUGGUAUGCUCCAGCCCAUAUGGAAUGCUUACUGUUACGUGAUCACUUUCUGGGCUCCAGCACCACUUCUAGCGCUGUUUGGUCUCGGCACAAAGGAGAGACAGUUUGCAUGGAGGGAGAAGAUUGCUCUGAUUUCCAUCAUCAUGUACCUUGGUGCAUUUGUGGCUUACAUAACUUUUGGAUUCACCAAAACUGUGUGUUCUAGGGCCAAGAUUAGUCUGCAGAACGACGAUAUCAGCACUGGAUACCUGGUAGUGAACGGGAGAGCAUACAAUCUCGAAUCGAGUUCCCAUCCGAAAGCGGCUGGCGUCCCGAGUGCUGCCAACGUGUUGUAUCCACCAGUGAAUGCCGGUGGAAAAGAUGCCUCUUUUCUGUUCCAGAAUGUCAACGGGAACUGCAAAGGUAUCAUUACCCCAAGAGACAAUUGCACCAUUCCUCACGAUGGUGAAGAGCUGGCAUGGUACAUGCCCUGUCGUCUUUUCGAGUUGGAUGGAUCGUCUUCUCCGAAUUUCACAGAAUCGUACUACAAUGGAUGGGCUUGUCACACUUCAACGAAGGCCAGAACUGCCUUCUACGAUGAUUUGAAAGCAACUGGUGAUGUAUUUUUCACCUGGGACCAAAUCAAGAACUCUUCGAGAAACCUGGUUGUGUAUUCUGGCUAUGUGCUGGACAUGGACCUUAUAAAUUGGAUUCAAUCAGACGACGUCGAGUACCCAGAUCUUUUUGAUAGGAUGAGAGACGAUGAGACCCUGAAAGGCCAUGAUAUCUCCAUGCUUCUGUCGGAAUCCUCAGAUAGGAAAGCAGCCAGAUGCCUGGUGGAAACCAUCAAGGUGGGAGUAAUAGAUUCCAAGACUAUUGGAUGUAUUGCCUCCCAAGUUGUUCUGUACAUUUCUCUGGUGUUUGUCCUGAUCAUUGUGAUCAUCAAGUUUGUCGUCGCUUGUUACUUCAAGUGGUCAGUCGCUCCCAAACAAGGUGCUUCAUAUGUGGACAUAAAGACCAUGGCUGAGAGGGACAACAAGAUGGAAAACUGGGCUGACGGUGCCGAGAGAGAGGCCCAGUCUGUGAUGCCUGUUGUUGCCGUUGAGGAAAGAGCACAACACCACGCAAAACGGUCAUCGCAAAUGCUCAAGCGUGGCAGCAGACUCUCUUGGGGAGGUUCAAUUGACAUUUUUGCCACGAACGAGUUUCUGGAUCCAACUUCGUCGGCUGUUGAUCCCAAAGAUUACAAUCCCAAGUACGUCACCAUGUCUACACAAGCAGCCAAGGCCGCUAAGAUGAAGGACAGACAAGGCAUGAGAGGAUCAAAUAUGGCCUUCAAACGCUCGAGUUCGUACCUCGACUUUGCAGGACCUUUUGAAAAUGCCAGUGUCAUUGGCGGUUCUGAGUAUAUGAACGCCACCACACUCUCUGCAGAUAUCGUGCAUCCCGAUGUUGUACCUCAGCCACCCGUCAGCUACGAGCCUUGGGGAUAUCCAUUGAUGCACACCAUGUGUCUGGUUACAUGUUAUUCCGAAGACGAAGAGAGUAUACGACUUACUAUGGACUCUGUGGCUACUACAGAGUAUCCAAACUCGCACAAACUGAUCGUCGUUAUUUGCGACGGUCUCAUCAAAGGUGCCGGCAACGACCGCACCACCCCGGAGAUUGCACUUGGUCUGAUGACUGACCUGGUGAUACCCGAGGAAGAAGUACAACCAUACUCAUACGUUUCCGUGGUGCAAGGUUCCAAGAGGCACAACAUGGCCAAGCUGUAUGCGGGAUUCUACAAGUAUGACGACUCCACGAUUCCACCAGAGAAACAGCAACGUAUUCCGGUGAUCACAAUUGUGAAGUGUGGAACCCCAGCUGAAGCUGGUGCUUCCAAACCAGGCAACAGAGGUAAGAGAGAUUCUCAGAUCGUUCUCAUGUCUUUCCUCCAACGAGUGACCUUUGACGAAAGAAUGACAGAGCUGGAAUUCGAGAUGAUGAAGAGUAUCUGGUCAGUAACAGGAAUCAUGCCAGAGAUGUAUGAAGCCGUUCUUAUGGUUGACGCCGACACAAAGGUGUUCCCAGAUUGUCUUACUCACAUGGCUGCUGAGUUUGUCAAGCAUCCAGAUAUCAUGGGCUUGUGUGGUGAGACAAAAAUUGCCAACAAAGCUCAGUCCUGGGUUACUGCCAUCCAAGUGUUUGAGUAUUAUAUCUCGCACCAUCAGUCCAAGGCUUUUGAGUCUGUCUUUGGAACUGUUACGUGUCUGCCCGGCUGUUUCUGCAUGUACCGUAUCAAAGCACCAAAGGGCUCGGAUGGCUUCUGGGUUCCUAUCUUGGCCAACCCCGAUAUUGUCGAAAGAUACUCUGAGAACGUGCUGGAUACCUUGCACAAGAAAAACCUGCUGUUGCUUGGUGAAGAUCGGUACCUCUCUUCGUUGAUGCUGAGAACGUUUCCGAAGAGAAAACAGGUCUUUGUGCCCAAGGCAAUUUGCAAGACCGUUGCUCCAGACAAGUUCAAAGUACUGCUUUCACAAAGACGUCGUUGGAUCAACUCCACAGUUCACAAUCUCAUGGAGUUGGUCCUGGUCAAAGACCUCUGUGGAACCUUCUGCUUCUCCAUGCAGUUUGUCAUCCUCAUCGAGCUUGUUGGAACGAUGGUUCUGCCUUGUGCCAUCUGCUUCACAUUCUACGUCAUCAUCUUUGCAAUUGUGUCAUCGCCUACUCCAGUGAUGUCUCUCGUGUUGCUCGGUGUAAUAUUUGGUCUUCCUGGCCUGCUGAUUGUGGUCACCACGUCUUCACUGAUGUACAUCGUGUGGAUGCUGAUCUACCUGCUAGCCUUACCCAUUUGGAAUUUUGUGCUUCCGACAUACGCUUAUUGGAAGUUUGACGAUUUCAGCUGGGGAGACACCAGAAAGACUCACGGCGGAGAUAAAGGAGGCCACGAUAAAACAGAAGGUGAGUUCGACGGCUCCCAGAUCGUCCAAAAGAGGUGGAGGGAAUACGAGAGGGAUAGAAAGAACGAGACUUCACCCAGGAAUGGAUUUUCAGCAGCAUAUCAACCCGGAACAGAGUUUGACGACUCCGUACUACAGGCGGAAAUGGACAAAAACUUUGUGGACAUGUCCUACGAGAAUGCUGAUUAUACCCCAACCAGACGAGGUCCUAGUCCUGGAUCCCAGUUGUUGUUGCCAUAG